AGUGCGGUAGAAGAACAGAAUGAACAAAGGGAGAGAAUCACCAAUGUCUACCAGUGACACCAUCGCGUCACGACUGCGGUACUGGAGUGUGACGUCACCAGAGACAAUGGCUUUUAUCUACGUCACCCCUGAAGGAGAGCGAUAUGCGUACAGCAGACGAGAGUUUUUCUCUUGGUCACGCAGGGCGGCCAGUUGGCUUCGAUCCCGGGGCAUGCGCAAACGUGACGUCAUUCUGUGCCUGCUAAGCAACUCCCCCGAGGAAACAUUUAUCACCAUGGGGGCCACGUUGCUAGGGGCAACAGUUAUAGUCGCCAGAAUGCAGUUUCAAGACGGAUCGGAUCUGGUGCCAGUCUUGACCCUGGGUGACGUCACGACCAUAGUCCUUGACCCGAGAGACACUGACAUCAUUUCCGGUCUCAAGAAUCACAUCCCCAACUUGUCUGGUGGAGAGGUCACUGCUGACGCUUUUCCAGCCUUGAGGACCGUUAUCUGUUGCAAUCGAAACCCCGAGGGUUCAGGAGAGCUGUUUCUGGAAUCCAUUUGCAGGGAGCAAGAGGCAGAACCUGAGGACAUCAGCCCCGAUGACCCCGCCCACAUUUUCCUUACUUCCGGUAGUACAGGACAGUCUAAGCUCGUGCUACGUACUCACAAGCAGGUCCUGGCCCUUGGGCCCCCGAUGUGCGAGUCCUACGGGUGUAAGCCGGGUGACGUGCUAUUCAGCAGCAACUUUUUUGGGUGGGUUACUGGAUAUCCCUCCAGUUACUUCUUUUGUGGAAUUACAAGAGUGACACCUUAUAUCAAAGGUUCCCAACCAAAAGACGAGUUGAAGUUCCUGCUAGAUGUGAUGAGUAAAGAGAAGGCCACUCAUGUCCUGACUUUGCCCCAAGUGGCCAAGAAAUUUCUCACACGCACUGACCUCCUGACCUCUCAUCUCACUUGGCGAGCGCGAGCGUUCAUUUUUGGCGGCUCCCCAGUCAGGAAAGAUGUCGCCGGGAUCCUGGGAACUCUGACGUCAGAGCUUCGGGUGUCCUGUGGAACCACAGAGACAGGCUUCAACUUGUACAAAUCCUACACAGACCCUGAGAAGGUCGAAAGCUUCAACUGCGGAAAACCUGUUCAAGGUGUACAGGUCAAGGUGGUGGACCAAAAUCUUCAGGAAGUUCCUCCCGACACCAAAGGUGAACUGAUGAUUAUGCACAACAACGUUUUCCCCGGUUAUCUCAAGCAGCAGUCAGCUGCAGCCACACCUGAGCCUGGCUGGUUCAAAUCUGGUGACCUCGCUUACGUCACUGAUGAGGGCGACGUUUGUGUUGAGGGGAGACAAACCGAGGCUAUAACUGUGGGGACGUGGACGCUGUAUCCACAGCCCUUGGAGACAAGUCUCCUGACUUGUCCAGGAGUACACGAGGUGGCAGUGGUGGCGAUUCCUGACAAGGACUUUGGUAGCCGUCCUUGCGCAUGCGUCGUGCCAGAUCCCAGACCGGAAGUUAAGAACGUUGUGCCUGAAGCUGUUCUUCGCCUGUGCUCGGAAUUUUUUCGAGAAAGUUUUCUCCAGGAGUACAAGCAGGAAUCCUCUCCUAUCAAGAACUGUUUGCUCUUUGAUCAGUUUCCUGUCAACUCCAGCGGUAAGGUACAACGGAGUCUGCUUCGAACCUUAGCGAGAGAGAGGCUUGGCUUGUAAACUCAUCUUACUAACUUCACAAUAAAAUCAUGGCAACUUCUAUUUGCAUCAAACCAUAAUUAUUCAAAUUCUUAUUAUUCCUUUGGUAUGCUUUUAACUAAAGCCUACUCAGUGCAUAUGCGAACUGUGGCAGCUGAUUAUUGUGAAACAGUCGACAUUAAUGGCCAGAGGUAUGACUGCAACCCUGUAUGCAACGGAGUUUCUUUCUGAUAAAAGCCAAGAUUGAAAAAAAAAAACUCCCAAAGAUUUGUGAAAGAUUAUUUAAUCUAUUCGAAUAUUUAUUGUCUGCCAUUCUCUUUGUCGGCUACGGUUAUUUUUAAUUUUUUUUUCUUCUGUUCAAAAUUUUAUUAGGAUUAUAACAGUUAUUACAUUUUUUGAUUGUAAGAUUAUAGAAUAUUUUUGACGCUGUACUUGCAUUUCCAACAAG